UGCCCAUCGAGCCGCUACAGUCAGGCAUGGGGACGCAACCAAUGCCCAUUGAGUCGCUACAGCCAAGCAUGGCGGGCCUUGAUCAAUGUACAGCCAGUCGCCAUGCACUCCCUCCAGGUCCUCCUUUGUGUGUUCUGUGUCGCCGUGGGUUUUCAGGCAGCCCAAGCAGCACUGGGAGGGGGAGUCUGCACCAUUCCAGCAGCAGGAAGUCCAGGAGCCAGUACUGCGUGUACUUCUAUCAACAAUGGCUUCUGUCUCAUAGACCAUUUGACGAUCACAGGAGCCGUCACAGGCGUAACAUUCGAUGGCGUGUGUGUCUGCUAUGAUGGAUUCAGUGGAACUGUAUGCGGAACCGCUAACCCCACUACUACUACUACCACCACCACAUCCAACAACAACGCCAUCACUGCCCUGGUACUCGGGGGUCUGGGCGCCUAUCUGCUGUCCCAGGGUGGACAAGGAGGAUAUGGAGCUGAAACAGGAGCACAGGCCGCCCAGGAAGCUCUCUAUCUGCAACAAGCUGGAUUCGGAAUCGGCAAAUAAACGGGAAAGCAUACACUAACUCGUCAUGAUGAAAGGAAAAAACUGAAGUUAAUUUACACCAAAGAAUUCCCAUUCGUCUCACUCAAAAAGGUCAACAGAGGUUAAACAAAUAUAUAAAUAAAUAAACCAAAACAUGACCAAAAAAAAAGUGUUUACAAAUACUAUCGUGAUUACUCAAGCGUACAUUCUGCUAGUGACUGUCAAAUCCAUUGACUGGUGCUAAUGCCCGUCACAUUUGAGUAAGCACAAUUAUUUGUUUGGGUUAUAUUAUUGUGUCCUUUAUACUUUAUUCUACGAAAUACUUUAACACGCCUAUUGAUGUACACAUUUACAUGCAGAUAUAUAUUGUAUGAUGGGGUGACUUUUAUUUUUUCUUAAAACACCGGAGACUAGGGGUUGAGGGAAAGUGCGAUUUUUGUAUGGUACAGGAAUCGGAAAUAAUGGGGAGGGAAAAUUUGUUACUUAAAGAAAAGCAUCAAACUAUGCAUGACUGCAUGUACAACUCUUUUUUAAAUUCUAGUACGAUGAUCCGCAGGUCUCUUGUAUAUCUUUUUUUACACUGUAAACAUGAGUACUAUUAAGAUUGGUUAUCUGAAUUGUCGGGGUUUGGCGUCAGAUCACAUAAAACGACGAGAUAUUUUUGAAAAAUGUCGAAAUAAAUAUGAUAUUAC